UAUAAAAAGUAUAGGUACCAAAUUGUAAUUUGAAUUCAUUGAUGAAUCCACCAAUCCAAUUGGAUUUGGAUCAAGUAGAUUAAAUUGAAAAUUGUCACCUCUAUAUGAAAUAAUAAGAAGAUGAAGAUGAUUAAUCACCUUCAAUCUAUGACAAAAAUAUAAUUGUUUUGUUUAGGGAUCUGAGCACCCAAAAAAUCACCGUUUCCAAUCCCGACAUAUUUUCUCAAUCCCGACGCCUUUGUCAUUUCCCUUCUCGUUUGGUUGCAUAAACCGACGCCUAAUUCCCCUUAACACGGCAGUUCCUCCGAAUUAGCAAAUCAUCACCAAGAGAAUUAACUAUUACUAAAAAGGAGCAUAGUAUUCCCCACAAUUACAUUUCACUCCCACAAUUAUUACUUGUGCUUUCGUCUCGAUCACUUUCCUCUUUUUCUCCUUCCUCGCAUCAAUAUCGAAUCACACAUCAUCGCGAUCACCGUCACCGCCAUUCCAGGGAAACAACUAGUUUCCCCCAAUUCUUCCGCCACAACCCGAAUUUCCCCUCCUCUUCCUCGGCCGUCGCCUACACCGACACAAUCGGCGCAAUCGAAGUCAAAUCGGAGUCGUCUCGCAGACGAUGGGGUGCUCACAGUCCAAGAUCGAGAACGAAGAAGCAGUCACCCGCUGCAAAGAGCGGAAGCAGUUCAUGAAAGAUGCCGUCUCUGCACGGAACGCCUUCGCCGCCGCCCACUCCGCCUACGCCAUGUCUCUCAAGAACACCGGCGCCGCGCUCAGCGAUUUCGCCCACGGCGAGGUCCCUCCGUCGUUAUCCGCCCCUGCCGCCGCCGCGAUCCCCUCUUCCUCCUCCUCUUCAGCUUUCCCCGUAGCAGCGCCUGCCCCACCUCCUCCGCAGGCUCCGUUCGACACGCUUCCCCCGCCUCCACCGCUGCCGACAGAGUAUCAAGGGACUCCGAAUUUCCAAGGAACUCCGCUGCAGCGGGCCGCGAGUAUGCCGGAGAUGAAGAUCCUGAAGCCGGAGAUGAAGCAGCCGGUUGGGCCGACUAUAAUUGAGGACGAGGAGAUGGAAUUCGAGCCGCCGGAGGAAGAGAAGUUGGUGAGGAAGCGAGGUGGGAGUAGUAGAAGUACUGGUAGUAGCAAUCAUUACAUGGAGAAGGAACCGCCGAUGCCGCCGCCGCAGCAGCAGGCGGUGCCCCAGAGGAGGAGGCAGGAAGAGGCGAUGCGGCCGCCUCCUAUUGCGCAUCAGGAGACCACGUGGGACUACUUUUUCCCGCCCGUGGAAAGCAUGCCUGGACCGACUCUGGCUGAGCCGGCGGAGGAGGAGGAGGAGGAGGAGGAAGAGAUAAGGAUGAAGGAAGAGAUCGCAGCGCGUAAGGUGUUUGAAGAAAAGGCUAAGAGAGUGGCGGAGUUGGAAGAGGAACCGGUUGUAAUGCCGGAUAUGGGUAAGGUCGAGAAGGCAGUGGAGGUGCCUGUGCCGAUUCCAGUGGUAGAGAAGAAGCCCUCGAAGAAGGUCAGUGUGGGAGAUGAAGCAGGGAGGAGAAUGAUGAAAGGAUUGAGCUUAAUGCAGAUAUUUGGGGAGCUGGACAAUCAUUUCUUAGCUGCUUACGAGAGUGCUCAUGGGGUUUCCAAGAUGCUCGAGGCCACGAGAUUGCAUUAUCACUCCAAUUUUGCUGAUAAUCGGGGCCAUAUUGAUCACUCUGCCCGAGUGAUGCGAGUCAUUACAUGGAAUCGGUCAUUUAAAGGCAUUCCUAAUGUAUAUGAUGGGAAUGACGAUUUUGAUUCAGAGGAGCAUGAAACUCUUGCAACUGUCCUGGAUAAGAUGCUAGCUUGGGAGAAGAAGUUGUAUGAUGAAGUUAAGGCAGGUGAAGUUAUGAAGUUUGAGUACCAAAAGAAGGUAGCUUUACUGAAUAAGCAGAAGAAACGGGGCUCCAAUCCUGAGUCCCUUGAGAAAUUAAAAGCAGCUGUGAGUCACCUGCACACAAGGUACAUUGUAGAUAUGCAAUCAAUGGAUUCCACAGUUUUGGAGAUAAAUCGCCUACGUGAUGAUCAGCUAUACCCAAAACUUGUCCAGCUAGUUGAUGGGAUGGCAAUAAUGUGGGAUGCUAUGCGAGUCCAUCACGAGGCACAGUCCAAGAUAGUCUAUGCGUUGAGAUCUCUCGACAUUUCCCAAUCUCCGAAGGAAACCAGCGAGCACCACCACGACCGUACCUAUCAACUAUGGGCAGUUGUACGUGAAUGGCACGCACAGUUCUGCGGCUUAAUCGACAACCAGAAAGCAUACAUCAAGUCCCUCAACAGCUGGCUAAAGCAGAAUCUCGUCCCUAUUGAGAGCAGCCUGAAAGAAAAAGUAUCUUCCCCACCAAGAAUCCAAACCCCUCCAGUGCAACCCCUGCUCAUGGCAUGGCACGACUACAUGGACAAGCUCCCCGACGAGGUGGCAAGAACAGCAAUCAGCAACUUUGCCGCGGUGAUAGAAACAAUUAUGCACCAUCAGGAAGAAGAGAUGAAGCUGAAGGAGAAGUGCGAAGAAACCCGGAAAGAUCUUGCUAGGAAAACGAGGCAGUUUGAGGACUGGUACAAUAAGUACAUGCAGAAGAGAACUCCAGAGGAGCUGGACCCGGAGAGGCCCGAGAACAACAUAAAGGAGGCGAUUGCUGAGAGGCAGUUCACUGUGGACGCUGUUAAGAAGCAGCUGGAGGAAGAGGAAGAGGCAUACCAGAGGCUGUGCCUUCAGGUGAGGGAGAAGUCGUUGGCGAGCUUGAAGACUCGUCUUCCCGAGUUGUUCAGGGCAAUGUGCGAUGUCUCUUUGGCUUGUUCGGAGAUGUACAGGACUUUGAGGGCUAUAUCUCAUCGCCAGAAGAGACCAAGCAACCAAAGCUAGCUAUACCGAGUGUGAUUGAUAUAUAUAUACUUUGCGUAUAUAUUGAUUGAUUUUGUUGUAUAAUGUUUUUUUGGUUAAUGUAUAUCAGAUAUCUGGAUAGACCACAUAUAUAGCAAACCAUAUAGAAUUUGGUGUUUGUUUGGUUGUUAUAAAUUAUUAAUUAUUUUUGUCUUCCUCUGAAUCCUCUCAAGGAGGAACAUGUCUUAUGGCGAAAGUAAAUACUCCGUUUAAUACACAUAUAUGUAUCUGUAUGUAUUUUAUUUGUUUAAAACUUUCGUAUUCAUAUUAUUGUCUAACUGUUCCAUCCUUUUCUGUUCAUUUGAUGACCCCGUACUAAACACGUAUAAAAUUCGUAUAACAUG